AUGCGCAGAGACCCCGAGCUCGUGACGGACAUUGGCGUCCUCGCCGCCAGAAUGCAGGAAGGCGAGUCGCGACCGCCGUCGAGCUCUUCUGCCGCAGCGGCUGCGGCAGCGGAACCGGGGGCGGCGGGGGUGGGGGAAAGGGCGGUAGCGGCGGAGGAAUCAGCGGCGGCGGCGGCGGCAGACAGAGAACAAGGAGGAGAAGGCGCGCGGCUGCACGCCUACCAGCUCGUCUCCAGCGAGCCGAGGCUCCUCCUCCUGCGGGCGGAGCCCGAGCUCAGCGGCCGCCUGCGGUUCCUUCUCGAAAUGCUGCCGAGCCUCCGGGGCUCCUGGAGCGCUCGGCUGAGGAGGGCGGCGCCCCUCCUGGCGAUCGAGUCGUCGGCGCUGCAGUCGCGGCUGGAGGGCCUCGCGGACCUCUUUCCGCCCGACGCUGACUUGCAGGUGGGGGCGGGUCUGUUUAUCGGGGGGGCAAUAGUGAACCAGACGCCGCUCCUUCUCCGCCACAGAACCGAAAAAGUGUCGGAGGCGCUCGCCAACAUUGAAAGGCUGGUGCCAGGCUUGAGGAUGGACCGUGUCCUGCGGUCUGCCCCGCAGCUGCUGGUCCAGCCUUUGGACGUGGUGGAGAAGCGCCUGGCGCAGCUUCGAGCUGUGCUUUGCCUCACGCCAUCGCCCGAGGUGGAGAGGAUGAGGAUCACCCUGGAACCCAACAACAGCAGUGAUGUCAGUAUAGAAAGUGAUAGUGGAAGCGGCCGGAGAGGUGGCGGCGAUCGCGACGACGACAUCGGCAGUAGAGGAGGAGGAAGGGUAGGAGGAGGGGGACGGCCGGCGGGUGUAAGGAGAUUGGCGAGGUUCGCGAACGGUUUCCCGCAGAUCCUGACGAUGGAACCGCACACGGUGCGGGCGAAGAUCGAAGGGCUGGAGGCGCUGCUCCCCGGGAUGGACGGCCUCGCCCUCGUGGGCUCUCGGCCGCACCUCUUGGGCUUCGACGUCCGCCGAAACGUCUCCCUGAAGGUCUCCAGGCUGAGGGAGCUGAUGAUGGACCAGUCGCUGGCCCCGCAACAGCGGAGGGGGCAGCAGGAAACGUCUACCAUGGUGGGAGGGGCACUGCGAUUAAGGACCUUCUUUCUACUCCGUGCCAAGGGCACAGAUGCCAGCGACGACCUGGUGGCCGCUGUGGCUCGGUGCCCGUCCUUGCUGACGCUCAGCUCCAACACGUCCAUGCGAAAGGUGGAGAAGCUGCAGGAGGCACUGCCCUCCGGGUUGGUAGCGAGAACGAUCGUCGCGAAGGAGCCGCGGGUGAUGUCCCUCGACAUGGCCUCCACCGUCCCGCGGAAGCUGGCGGACCUUUCGCACGCGUUCGCAGAGCUCGCCGGGGGCGCCGCCGCCGCCGUAGGAGGAGACAGCGGCAGCGGUGACGACGACGACGACGACGAAGCAGCGGCGGCGGUGAUGAUGGCGCAGACGCUCCGGUACAACCCCAACGCGCUGCGGUUCGACCCGGCCACCCUGGCGCGAAAGCUCGAGGUCCUGCGCGGCGCGGGUCUCUCCGCCGAGACCGUCUGCCGGGUGGUCGGGGGCGCGCCGAGGUGCCUCUCGGCCGCGGCGGGGACGCUGGAGGCAAGGGUUUCGGCACUGAGGGAGGCGUUUCCGUCGGUGCCGCUGAGCCGCUUGCUGGGGGAGGCCCCGUGCCUGCUGCAAAAGACGAUCGACCCUGUGGCGAAGAUCGAAGUCCUGAAAGAGCUGUUCCCGUCGCUGGACCCGGUGCUCCUCGUGGAGGGGGCUCCGAUGUUGCUGGCGCUGAGCGAGAAAACCCUCAGGGUCAAGCGAGAUGCCUGGAGGAGCAUCGUGGAGGACAGGGUGGACGUCCCUUGGGAGCAGGUCGUCGCCGAUUUCCCGCAGUUGCUCUGCCAGGGGUUUGGUAGGGCUGCGCGCGUCCCGUUCCUCCUCCUCGACGACCCGCCUACGGCUGCAUCAGCGGCGACAAUGGCCGUGUCUUGUGCCCCCCCAGGGGACGAUGGCGAGAGGGUAGUGACGACGGCGGUGGCGAUGGUGGCGGCCGGGGGGCUCGGGGAUGAGGUCCUGCGUGCCACCCAUGCCCCCGGUGUUGCUUCGGACGGCGUUGCCGCUGGCGAUGGCGUUGGAGCCGCCGCCGCCGCCGCCGCCGGAGGCGACAGCUGGCGUAGCGGCGUUGGGAAGGAGAGGAGUGCCGGUGGUGGUGUUGACGGGGGCAGCGGCGUGGCGCCGAGGACAAUGUCGGCAGCGGCUGCCUGCCGCGAAGUCUGCAGACGCGUGUCGGACUUCGAGAGCGAUCACCCGGGCUACCCGUGUUUCCUGGACUCUUUGCUUGUCGCCGCUGCUGGGCACAGAGCUGCGGGUGACAGCGGUGGUGGUGGUGGUGGUGGCUCCGGAGCUGCUGCUGCUGCUGCUGCUGCUUUUGAUUCCGGCGGGGAGCAGCAGCAGUGGUCGUCGAGGGACCACUCUUCACGACCGCCACCACAGCCUGUACCCAUCCCAUUACCCUCAACUCCCCUUCCUCCGUCAGCACCAUCCGCCGGCGAGGCCAGGGUCGCCGUCAAGAGCGAGAAGGCCCUCGGUGCCGCUAUGGCGGAGGUCGCGAGAGGGCCGGGUGGGGGCGCGGCGGCCGCCGCCAUGUUGAUUCCCCCGGAGGCUGAAAUGCAGGACAAUAGCGGUCGGUCGGGGUUACCGUGACGAUACUUGGCUCCGAAACGCAAGGUUAUUUGGGUCGACAUGUGCGAGUUUUUGAAUCGUAUAGACGUGGGGUGUGCAUGGGGUUGGUAGGGUAGGCAGUGAAAAAAUCCUAGGAGAGGAAGCCGUAAGCGAUAGAUGAUACUAUUUUCGUGUAUUUCUGAUCACCCCCUGUUUUUAAAAGUUUAUUGGAGGCUCACGUGCAGAGAAGUAUUGAGGAAGGACGAUGGAAGUGAGGGCUCGUGGAAGUGUCUCACAGCAGUGGUUGUUGGUUGAAGGUGGUGUAUUGGGUGUAAUAUACAAGCAGCUGGGAGGUGGAGUGAGAGGGGUCACAUUGCGCGAGUGGGUAUGCGGAAUUUUUUCUCGUGCCUGCCGAGGUUUCGUGUGGGCGUUUUCCUUACGAAAUGGUAGGCGAGGCGUUUGGCGAGAGCGGGGGCAAAUGCUUUGUCAGGAUCUGGGUACAUACGGACUUUAUUCUUAAGAGCCGUCAGCUGUAAUAGUCGACUUGGUUCCCUUCUCGCACGCACUUUUCUGAGACCGAAAAUAACACACAUCUUCCCGCGAACGGCACACC